AUGAUUAAUAGUUGUAACUUCGUGGCACCUCUCACAUACUUGUGGCAUACCGUUUUGCCUUCAUUUAAUAAUUUAGCACUUGAAGACCCAGCGGUGUAUCUCGAUCAUGAGUCCCUCCAAUGUUAUAUUCACGGUGGGAAAUGCGACGCGAGGGGCGAUGGGCAUACCUCCAAGAAAAUGAGUGAAGAUCUUGUACAGAUCGAUUUGUCACGUUUUUUGAUUUCGCAUCCUACCAAGGUGAAGGCUUCACUGAAAGGUGUUGAUACAUCAUCUGCGGACGCAAAACUGAGGUCGAAUUCAAACGAGGCUGAAACUGCCGCAGUUCAUGUGUUAUACACCGAUAAUACCUUGCUUAAGUGCCCCCCGACCCCCUCGGAGGCAGAUUCAGGAGUUGUAUCAAAUCAGCCCGUCCUACGCCACAGUCAUAUCUUGUUUCGGUAUGGCACACUCCUCGCUCUUCACGGGGGUCGAGACGAGUACGGGAUAGUUUGCAACAGGAUACUCGCGUUUCACCUAAUUUCCCGAUGCUGGGAGGACGUUCAAACGCUUUAUGGUGGUGACGCGCCUCCUCGCAUGUACGGUCACGCGGUUGCCGCGAUUCACGCCGCACGAGGGUUUUUUCUGAUAAUGGGUGUAGAGUGCAAUCCGAAUGGCACUUUUAUACCCUCGCGCAAGCGCCCAAGAGCAGAGGCCCUUGGGGCGUGCUCUAGCGGAACGGUGAUGGGCCGACCACCCAAUGCCCAUCGGUCGGCGCUAAGCAUCUACACUUUACGGUUAGAGGAUCGGCUUGAGGGAUGGCGAAAAGUGGGUGUGUCUGACGCGUCGACGCACGGCCCUUGCGCCCGAUUAUAUUUCUCGAUGAGCAUUCCCCACUCCACUUUCACGCCCACGUAUGUGGAAGGGGCGGAUCUGACCGAGGAAACCCCCAUGGGGCGGGUGGCCUACCUCGCCGGCGGCGUAAUUGGCUCCACUUAUCUCGUCGACGUCUGGCGGUACGAUCUCACCACAGGUAAGUGGCGGGAGGUGGUGUUGCCGCAACAUCCGGCGUGCGACUUGCCUCUAUCUGCCUCCCUCCCCGGGCCCCUUCCCCAGACGAGGACCCGACCCCCCGGAGGGCGGGAUCGACGCGUGAAGCCUUAUGGGGUGCGGUUGGUGCCUUUGAUUUACCGCUCCCCGAAGGGAUCCACACUGGUAAAGAAGGAGGAUGGCCAUGGGAGCCCGGAUGAGACGGGGGUGAUGUGGACUCGGGGGAUGUGUUUUGUGCUGAGGGCACCACGCCGGGAGGCGUCACCAAGUGGUCCCUCCUUACCCCUUCCCGUCUUAUCGGCUCUCGACCCGACGGAUGGGGCAGGAGGCGGCCCACCAGGGGGGGUAGCCCUCACCUUACCCACUGUUCCACUUACCAAGUGCACUAAGCUAAGUAUGGCUUUGUCAACCUUUCUCGCCGUCGAUUCUGAGGCCACUCAGUGGCUCUUUUCCCUUAGCAGGGAUCGAAAACUUGACGCGGUUAGGGUGCAGGGCUUGCCUUUCCCAAGCUUUCAGGUGAAACGCUAA